AUGUCCGGCGCUGCGCAGCAACAGCAACAGCCCGGCUCAGCCUCUGGCGGGGAUGGGCCAAACCGCAAUGCCACUCGACCCACGAACAGACGGGCAAUAGAUGAUUUCGUCGAUUUCGUCGAGGAUACAAAGAAAAAGUGCGUGGGCAGAAACGGGCUCCGGGAGAGAGAGCCCUAUAUCCCACUUGACGCCCUCGAGGAGUAUUGGCAUCCCACAAGCAUCAGGGCUCUUUGCAGAUCCCUUCAUCUCAGUAUUCCGUGCGAAGUUGACGCUAUCAAGUCGCGGCUUUUGCGUACAUUCUCACUUUUGGUCCAUGUCGACAUGGUGUCACACCUCGACGUCUUCGUCAAAUGGAAAAUAUCUGAUGCUCAUUUCCCGCUCGGCGAAGACAGUUUACCACCCGUACUAAAACAGCCGCGGUACAAAGACCUUGUAGAGGUAAUUCUCAUAUAUCAGUGGCUCUUUUUCCCCCUGGUAUUAAAGCCAACAGAGCUCUCGGGAAUUCACCUACCAGAGCGACUCAUCUUGCCCUUUGAUUCCGAAGAAACAAUUUAUCAGAGCAACUCUUCCAAUAUCACAAAGACGGUUACCCGGUCAUCUUCAAGUCCUGAGAUCCAGAGAGAGGUGUACGUUAUCAAGUCUUACUCGAGUAGUCUUGCGAACCGGUAUGCGAACGAACGAUUGGCCCUAACAGCUAUCCAAGAUCUUCGAAAUCCACACAUAAUCAGCUACCAUGGUUCGUUUGUGCAGAGUGGCACUAACAACCUUGUGUUGGGGUAUGUUGAUGGUGGCAACUUGGCUGAGUACUUUGAGAAUACGCCGAGGCCAGCCACACGACAUGAUGCCUGGUUGUUCUGGAAGAGUAUGACCGGAGUUUGGAAGGGGCUCGUCGGCCUUCACAGGUUGGCUCCCAGCGGCGAUGCCAAAAACGAGGCUAGCGAGAUUCACUGGGGGGUACACGAAGACCUCAAGCCUGACAACAUUCUCAUUUCCAGGAAUGGUGUCACUUCAAACUCACCAUAUGAGUUUAUCCCUAUCAUCUCUGACUUUGGGCACAGUUGUGUCAGAAUCGCAUCGCGAGAUGGAGUGGACCCGGAGAAGAGGCUCGUUCCUGACCGGCAUGGGAACCAAGAGUUUGCGGCGCCUGAAGCAAGCCACCAUGCAAGCCACCUACGUCGGGGUCAUUCCACGAUCGACGCGAGCGUAGACGUCUGGUCGAUGGGAUGUAUCCUGAGCGUCGCUGCUGCUUGGGUUGUAAUGGGCGACUAUGGCAUCGAAUCAUACGAUGCUAUGAGAAGUAAAGAAUUCAAAAGCAUCGCUAGCUUUGAAGACCAAGCCUAUCGCGGAUGUUUUCACAAUGGGACUGAUCCUUUGGACGCGGUCGCCAAGACGCACCGGCAAGUAAGCGAAACCGGCGACGAAUUCACUCAACAAGUUGUCAACCUCGUAGGUCGAUUCUGUAUUGUGGGAGAUCCAAAAGCUCGUCAGCCAGCCCAUAAGAUGUAUGAGUUACUUUGCAACAGCUUGGGCAGGGAAUAUCCUCCAACUCCCAGGAUAACCACGCCUUUGAAAGUCAGAACACCGGAUUUUUCCCAUACUCAUCGUCGUGGGAUAUCACAAGAGAGUGGAGUUUCUAGCAGGAGUGAUAAUUACAUGCUCCUCGGCUCCCCGAUCUCUUCCGGGCCGUUCUCACCCAACCUCCAAACUCCUCCAUCUGCCGGCACGUCCGUCGUUCCAGUAUCCAACGGCCACAUCGUGGAGAGCCCGACCGACUUCAUGGGCAGAAGUAGCCAGAUCUUGCUACCAAGUUCUCCGUCCUUGCUCGAACCUCGACAUUCAGGCCAGUCCCUAGCAGUGCCAGAAACACGGUUGCGUAGCACCGAACCCUCGCCUCAGAGAGAUGCAUUUCUGACGAUUGACGAGUGCCACGAAUGGGUUGACGCAAAGAAGUCAAAGCGUUAUGUUGACAACACAGUGGACAGGGCCAUUCAGCGUCUGCAAAAGCAAUUAAAAGGUCGGGAGCACAUCUUUCUCAUUGAGGACUCCCCGUCCAUGCGAUCAUACAGGAAGGAGCUGCUUGAUGUGUUCCUAACUUUAUCUUAUAUGGCCAAGCCAAUGGAUCCGAAUCGCAUUGAACUCAUAUUUGCGUCACAGCCAUCAAUCGUGCACAAACCAUUUCCUCUGCCUUCAGUACUCGACAGCCUCAAAAACAGACCUUUGCGGGAGGCAUUCAAAAAUUGCCAAUUCGACCUAGUGGACGGCUUCAUGGAGCAGAGUCUAGGGCAAGUCGUCGAUAAGAUCAUAAGGGAGAAGCUCGUCUUGAGGCCGAAUGGCAGCCUUGCCCCUCCAGUUAGCCUUUUCGUCUUCACUGACGGUCGCUGGGGUAAAAACGGAGACUUACCAUGUGGCGUAGAAAUGCCUAUUCAGAAGUUGAUGAACUCUACUAGGAGAUACGGCGGUGGUCGCACUCAAAUGAUGGUGCAAUUUGUUCGUUUUGGCGACGACGAGAAUGGUAUGCAGUAUCUGGAUUAUUUGGACAAAUUCGGUAAGAAAGACAAGUGGGACAUAGUCGACCACAAACCCAUCAGUGGCAACAUAUUCACACUAUUUACCGGGAGCAUUACCACCAGGGGUGACGACGAGGGCGAAUCUGGUUCGUCUUCAAGACAAACAUGA